UGCAUGUUUGAUUAUCAGCAUAGGGGCAAAAAAGUGGCACGCAAAAAUAAAGCACGAGGGAUGAGAGAGGCGGAUGAUGGGAGAGUGGGUGAUCAAGAUACCUUUCAGUAAAUCACAGCUAAAUUAGCGCGCGGGCUCUUGGGAGGAGAUAUCAAAGAGGGAGAGAGAGGGGGGAGAGAGAGAGACAGAGAGAGAGACGGAGAAGAGAAAGAAAGACAGGGGGCUGAAACGCAAGGACACCAAACGCGAAGACAACAGGACGCAUUUUAUCCUAAACCUAGAGGAGCCCACACAAACACCGGCAUACUACACAGCAGACUGGAGAAAUGGGCGUCACCAAAAACGUGCCCAAAACGUUGCCAUUGGUUCUUGCUUAUGUCUUGGCUACGCUGAUUGGUUGGUCGUGCAGCCAGGAGGGGGCUUGUAUGCAGGACGGGAAGCACAAAGCCUCUCCUGGACCGGAACCGUACCUGAAAGAAUGCAGGCUUUAUACAGAGAAUGCCUGCUGUUCAGAAAAUGACAUUCAGGAGAUUGCAGUAUCCCCUGUGUCCAGAGUGGGUGACAUUUUCUGGGAUAGGUGUGGAGCCCUCAGUGCCAGCUGCGAGGCAUUCCAUAAGCGAGUUGCUUGUUUCACUCACUGCUCUCCGGACGCUGUGCGUUGGCCACACCCACACAGGCCCGCUUCUGUCCAGGCUGUGCCACUCUGCCGCAGCUUCUGCAGGGACUGGUUUGAGGCUUGCAAAGCAGAUCUGACAUGCGCUCACAACUGGGUGAGCGACUGGAAAUGGAGCCCCCAGGGAAACAACUGCACUGGGAAGUGUGUGACCUACCAGCAGAUGUACCAGGAUGAACGAGACCUGUGUGAGAAUCUCUGGGGAGACUCCUUUGGGACGGUGGAGGAUGAGGGGGGAGAGAAGGGAGAGGUGAGCGAGGGCCGCUCCUGUGGCUGCCUGACCCUCAGCCCCUCUGACAGGGAGGUGAUCGCUGCCCUCCGCGCCCAGGAGGAAGACCCGGACGAGCUGGACACUACCAAGGCCGGCCUGCCACAGUACCGGGCACCCUGCCGCACACAGAGCCCGCCACAGGGCGCCACGGCGCCGCCACCGCAGGCCCGGACCAACAACGACAACAGCGUCAUGCGCAAACGCUCUCUCUUUGUGGAAGACGUGGAAGGCAGCGGUAGUGGGUUCUAGAACAUUCUCGUGGGCGUGAAGGACAUUAACAGAAUCUGUUGUGUAACCCCAAAAAAAGGUACCCUAAAAUCUCUCUGCUAAACCCUCUGCCGUAGCACUUCAGGGUUUCAAAAAUCUAAAUCUGUUUCUGGGGCAUGGUGUUCGUCAAGGGCUUUAUGUUGUGAAUGUGCACUUUGCACUGUGUUGUUAGAUCUUACGGAAAACCUUGUUGUAACAGCAAUCAAUAUGCAUGACUGCAUGACAUCUGCUUUCAAAGCUGUGUGCUCAUAUAGGAGGCGUAACCAUUUGUAAUCACCUUGUCAUGUUUAUAACACCAUAGUCCUUUUUGAUCUACUCUGUGGUAGGAGGGGAAAUGCAUACCAAAACAUGGCCCUGAAAGAGCACUUCUUUUUCCUUUAUUCAGAAAAAUAUGCGACAAAAAUGCACUGUUUGCGUAGAUUUCUCAGAUUGGCAGCAUAUGAUUUUUAUAUCACCUGUUCAAUAUAUUUCCAGCCAUAUGUACAAACACAUACUGUAUCUAUAUACAUAAAAACAUCAGCUGAAUGAUAAGAAUGGGCCAUUCUGCUCAGCUAAGCUCAUCAUGUGCUCACACCAGCUUCAAAGCUAUAAUUUCCUGAAGUGGACCAAUGUGUUGGUGUUGAGACCUGACAGUUGUAGGAGAAAAAAAAAAAAACAUGGAGAUACUGCACCCCAGUUCCUCUAUCUCCAAGUCAGCCUGUUUAAACAGCCCUUCCCCAUAAAGAUGUAACACACACCCUGCUUGGCAAACUGUAUACUUUCACUGAUCAAGGAAUAACAUUUACUCUGCCUGCAGUUAACCCACAACUUAAUUAACUCGUCCGAAUAUCAGUAUAAUCAUUUCUCUCUCAUAAGCAUUGGUAAAACAGGGAGGUAUUCAUGCAAGAGAAGCACUGAUGGCGCGUAGCACCAAUCUCAAGAACAGGGUUAUAUGAUUCAGAAUGCAGUACAACAGAGCAACCUCCAGGAGAAGGUUGUUUUGAAUACAUGGGGGUGAGGCUGUUAACACGACGGCACAAUUUUUACAUUUUAAAUAAAGAUCUCUCGUCAUUGCCAGGAUGACAGCAGGCCCCAGGUGUCGGUGGCUUUUAUUUGCAUUCUUGUUUAAAUAAAGGGAAGACAUCUAUGGCUCACUGAGGCUCAGUCAUAUCCUAUUCAAACAGAGGCCAAGCUGGAGAGUUCAGACAGAUCGCACCGGUCGGAGGACAAGAAAUCAACAGAAAGCUGGGAGGAGGCUAUAAUGAAAGCAGGAAGGCUUCACAUGGAAAGAGUUUGGAUCAUUUGGGAAUAAAAUGAGUACAC